AACUAGGGUCUGGGGAGGGUGUGUCCGCGAACUUUACCCCUGCUCAAAAGUAGAGAGGUUGUUUCCAAGAGACUCCUAGCUCAAACACGGAACCACAUACAAAGUAAACAUCGUAGCACUAACAAAGUAAGAGCACCGAGACAAGAAGCACACAUACCGCAAUUAGCCACUAGAUCCAAAGCACAGGAAGUAAACAAGCACAAACUACAGACUAAGGAUACAAACCCAAUGCAUCCUAUUGAAAUUUUGGAUCAUCUUAGGAAAUCCAUUGGAUCUAAAGGACAGAUUGUUCAUGUUGAACAGAUCAAUGCUAGGAAUGCCACUUUUGUAGAGAUUCCACAUGAACUUUCAGAGUGUACCCAGGUUGCAUUGAGAAAUAUUGGAAUUACUAGGUUAUAUAGUCACCAGGCUGAGUCGAUUCAAGCAUCUCUUGCUGGCAAAGAUGUAGUGGUGGCGACGUUGACAUCCAGUGGAAAAUCUCUUUGCUACAACCUUCCUGUUCUUGAAGUACUAUCAUACAAUUCAUUAGCAUGUGCACUUUACCUUUUUCCGACUAAGGCUCUUGCACAAGACCAACUGAGAGCUUUAUUGAGCAUGACAAAUGAGUUUGAUCUUAACCAAAACAUUGGUGUGUAUGAUGGAGACACGUCACAGUCAGAUAGGAUAUGGUUACGCGAAAAUGCUAGAGUGGUAUUGCAGUAAUAUUUAAUUGUUCAUGUAGCAAAAUUGUUAUUUAUGUUCUUAUGGCCUUCCAGUAAGUCUCAAGGUCUCUUCAUCCCAAUCACUUCCUCCAUCCAUGUGUGUGAAUACUGAACUCUUCAUUUGCCAAUGUGUAGUUGAUCACAAAUCCAGAUAUGUUACAUAUGUCUAUCUUGCCAUUCCAUGGACAAUUCAGCCGGAUCCUUUCUAAUCUAAGGUUCGUCAUUUUAGAUGAAGCUCAUGCUUAUAAGGGUGCUUUUGGCUGUCAUGUCGCUCUUAUUUUGAGAAGGCUUCGUCGACUCUGCUCUCAUGUGUAUGGUAGCAAUCCUUCUUUUGUAUUUUCCACUGCCACUUCGGCGAACCCUGCUGACCACACUAAGGAACUUGCAAAUCUGCCAGCAGUUGAGUUGAUUCAGAAUGAUGGUAGUCCUUCUGGUCCAAAAACAUUUGUUCUCUGGAAUCCUCCAGUGUGUCUAAAAACAGUUACAAAGAAAUGUAAGGGUACUAAUGCUAUGAAUUCUACUGAUAGAAAUAGAAGUGUUGUUGCUGGAAGAUCAAGUCCUAUGAUGGAGGUAUCAUACAUUUUUUCCGAAAUAGUGCAGCAUGGGCUUCGUUGUAUUGCAUUUUGCAAAACACGCAAACUUUGUGAGCUUGUCUUAAGCUACACACGCGAGAUACUUAAGGAAUCAGCACCUCACUUAGUAGACGCUAUUGGUGCUUACCGAGGGGGAUAUGUUGCUGAGGAUAGGAGAAGGAUUGAACAAAAAAUUUUUCAGGGUAAGAUGUGUGGUAUUGCUGCUACGAAUGCUCUCGAGCUGGGAAUCGAUGUUGGACACAUUGAUGUCACUUUACAUCUAGGCUUUCCGGGUAGUAUAGCUAGUCUAUGGCAACAAGCUGGAAGAUCAGGAAGAAGGGGAAAUCCAUCAAUCGCUCUAUAUGUUGCUUUUGGAGGGCCUUUGGAUCAAUAUUUCAUGAAGCUCCCAACAAAACUUUUUAGGAGUCCAGUUGAAUGUUGUCAUAUUGAUGCGAAUAACCCACAGGUGCUUGAACAGCAUGUGGCUUGUGCUGCUUUUGAACACCCUCUAAGCUUGCAUCAUGACGAGAAGUAUUUUGGUCCUGGACUGGAAUCUGCAGUAAUGACCCUAAAAAAUAAGGGAUAUCUGAAUACUGACAUGUCACGCAAUGUUAGUGCUAGAAUUUGGAGCUACAUUGGGCCUGAGAAAAUUCCUUCAAAUAUUGUAAAUGUUCGAGCAAUUGAAAUAGAACGGUACCAAGUAAUUGACAAGCAAAAGAAUGAAGUUCUAGAAGAAAUUGAAGAGAGUAGGGCAUUUUUUCAGGUUUAUGAAGGGGCUGUUUAUAUGAACCAAGGAAAGACCUAUCUUGUGAAGGACAUGGAUUUAUCAAGUAAAAUUGCUUGGUGCCAGGAAGCAGACCUGAAGUAUUACACAAAAACCCGUGACUAUACUGACAUUCAUAUUGUUGGGGGUAACAUUUCAUAUCCACCGAGGAAUUCUAAUAUCCAGUUCGCAAGAACAACUGCACAAGCACAAUUCUGCAGAGUUACCACUACAUGGUUCGGCUUCCGUCGAAUAUGGAAGAAAAGCAACCAAGUCUUUGACACCAUUGAACUGUCACUUCCAAACUACUCUUAUGAGUCCCAGGCUGUCUGGGUUCCAGUCCCUGCGGCAAUAAAGAAAACAGUUGAUGCCUUAAGUUAUUCAUUUCGAGGAGGUUUACAUGCUGCUUGCCAUGCUGUUCUUAAUGUAGUUCCUUUGUUUAUAAUUUGCAAUGCAUCUGACAUAGCUUCGGAGUGUGCAAACCCUUAUGAUGCACGUUGUGUUCCAGAUAGAAUUUUACUUUAUGAUCCACGCCCGGGCGGAACUGGGAUUGCAGCGCAGGUUCAACCUGUAUUUACCGAGCUUUUGACUUCCGCCUUGGAACUUCUCACAUCCUGUCAUUGCUCCGGUGAUGCUGGUUGCCCUAAUUGUAUACAAAAUAUUAUUUGUCAAGAAUAUAAUGAGGUUCUACACAAGGAUGCAGCCAUAAUCAUACUUAAGGGUGUUAUCAAGGCAGAGCAACUAUGUGCAUAGUAACUGUGUUUUGCCGAAUCAAAUUUGCUGACUCUUGUUUCCAGGACUGGGUUGGAAUUCACUUGUCAAUUCAUUCAUUACCAAAUACAUGUGUUUGAAGUUUAAACAUUACUCCGAUCAGGGCUGGGAAUUUUACAAGUUAAAUUUCUUAAUAAUCUUAAGAAACAAAUGUAAAGUAUGCGUUGAAUUAUAGUGUGUAAUCCCAAGUGUUUUGAUUAAGGGUACAAUCUUGUUCCUCAUACUUUGACUUCUUG